GUCUUUCGAAGGUUUUCGGAUAUUUUCUUCAAGAAAGGAGUGUAAAUGCAAAGAGAAACUGUUUUGGCGAAAAUGAAACUAGCGAGGCAUUGACAACUAUUGAUGUUUCAGUACAAUGUUUUCUGCUUUGUCAAAGCUGGUUAAUUUUAUAUACCAACCCGAAGAUGAGGACUCAAAUGAUGAGGAAGAUGUGGACAAGAAGGAAGUUCCAGCAAAUGGAUCAAGUCAUCUAACACCUGACAACAUUUUGCAAAAGCAGAAUUCUGACUGCUACAAGAAUUUAACUGGCAAUGUCACACAUGUGUUUGAAAAGCAUGGCCUAAUUAAUGGAGAGAUUUAUUUUUCUUUUGAUAAAGUAAUCGACAAUCUCAGUGUUAAGGUUGGUGACCCAGUUGAUGUUGUAGCGAGGCAACAGAAUGGUUGUGGAGUUUGGACAACAGAUCAGGUAUCAAUCAUUCAGGAAAGAUGGGAUGACAAUGAUUUUGAAUGUGACAACCUUGAAGUUGAUAAUGCCCAAUCAGAAACAUCUCAACAGGAUGGUAUUGUGGGUAAAAUAACAAAGUUUGAUGGAGAACAGGGAUUGAUUAAUAAUUAUGUUAGUUUUGAGGUGUGCCAAUUUAUUGAUGAUUUUAAACCAUAUGUAGGUGAUUAUGUCAAGGCAGAUUAUGGAAGUGAUGGGAGUGUGAUGCAAAUUGCAAAUAUUCAGCCAUUACGAUGCAAAGAAAAAGAAUCAAAGAUAACAGCAUUUCAAUUAGAUCAUGGGUACAUUGAUAGUGAAAUAUUUUUUCACCCAGAAGUCUGUGUAAAUGGUUAUAGACCACGUAAAUGGGACAAAGUUGUUGUUAAAGCUGUUGAGAGUGCACAAGGCAAAUGUAACUGGAGAGCUGUUUCUGUUAAGCCAUUAAAUGUUCCUCUUUCUCAAAGUUUAAGUGCCAAAUUCUUGCCAAGUCCAACACGCCAAUCAUUUGUAGAGGAACUAACAAAAGACAAACAUGGUAUAUACAUCAGUGGCCAGACGGAUAUUAAAAAUGUCAAGUUUGGACAGGAAAAGAAGUUGACAAUAUGGAUACAAAAUAAAGGGACAUCACCUCAGAUCUUGAGGAAAUGUCAUAUUCCAUCAGAAACCUCACAGUUUUCUGUUGGAAGUGUUAAAUUUUUACAAGAAUACUCAGCCAUGAUCAAAUCUGGAAAUUCAACAAUUAAAGACGAAUCUGUUACCAUUUUUCCAGCCAUGUCUGUAUAUGUCAAUAUAACUUUUAAUGCAAGAGCACAUGGACAUGAGAAACAACUACUAGUUAUAGUAUUUGAUGAUUUCAAGAUAGGACGAUAUCUCACCGCAGAAGUAAUAGAUCCUUACAUGUCUAUGGUGAACCAUACUGGUUCUUAUACUGGUACCAGGAGUGAAGCUUUCAAUAGGUACAAGACUUCAUCUAGGUCUGCUGAGACUUGGAGAAUAUCAGGAGAAAGGCCAAGCAGUAAUAGCAAAUUUGCAAAAAGGAAGUUUUUACCAAACAAACUGAAACAGUACCCUGUCCCUACACCUCUUAGAGAAUGUAUUAUGGAGAAUGAUUAUUUAGUAGACCACUAUCCAGUUCUUACAGAGGAGCUAACUUUUGAGAACUAUACCCAGAAGUUUGAUACACUGAUUCACUUAGAAGAAAUACAGAUGGAGAUUGAUAUAAGGGAGUUUGAUUUGGAAAGGGUUUGUAUGAGAAGAAUAGGAGAAUAUUUGGGAUUGAAGGUACCAGGCCUAGCUGAGGGAAGACCUUCAGUCCUAAUUGGUGACAGAGUUAUGCUGACAGACCCAGGUGAUCCUGAUGGUCCAUGUUAUGAGGGAUGUGUUCAUGAGUUACUGAAAGAUGAAGUUCUUAUGAAGUUCAACAAGACAUUCCAAGACUACUACACAGGAAAAGAUUAUGAUGUCAUGUUUACAUUUAAUAGGGCACCUGUCAGAAGAUGUCACCAGUCUGCAGAGUUUGCUGUACAGUUAGGAGAAAAUGUACUAUUUCCAACUGUUCUCAUACCAAAGAUGUCACAGUUGAGAUCACUAUCCCAGAGUGCAACAGUGAAACCGCUUGAUUCUAGUCCAAGUAAAAGCCAGCAGAAACAAAUCAAUUAUUACAAUAAAUCAUUGAAUGCCAGACAAAGAGCAGCUGUGAUCAGGAUAUUGGAGGGACAAUGUCGACCAGUGCCUUAUAUACUAUUUGGUCCACCUGGAACAGGGAAAACCAUGACAGUGGUAGAAAGCAUUCUACAGAUUUUACAUAAGAUUCCGUCCAGUCGAGUUCUGGCUUGUACACCAUCUAACAGUGCAGCUGACCUCAUAGCUGAGAGAAUACAUGAGAGCGGACAAGUAAAGACAACAGAUAUGGUCAGAUUAAAUGCUAGACAGAGAAAUCUAGAGGUUAUAUCCGAGAGUUUGAAGCCAUAUUGUUUGAAGGGUGAUGAUCUUGACACUGCCUCACACUACAGGAUAGUUGUGUGUACAUGUGUAUCAGCUGGUGUGUUGUAUUCUCUGGGGAUCAAAGCAGGACAUUUUACACAUGUCAUAAUUGAUGAGGCAGGACAAGCUACAGAACCAGAGUGUCUAAUAUCAGCAUGUUUAAUUGGUGAUGAAACUGGUCAGGUUGUCCUAGCAGGUGAUCCCAUGCAACUAGGACCAGUAUUGAGAUCAAAAUAUUCCAAAGAAUACGGCCUAGAAUUAUCAUUUCUAGAAAGGUUGAUGAGCAGACCAUUGUAUGAUAGGAAUGAAGCCAUGUUUGCUGAUCAUGGGUGCUAUGAUCCUUUGUUGGUGACAAAGUUGGUUGAAAAUUACCGGUCCCAUCCAGCCAUACUAGGAUUACCAUCAGAGUUAUUUUAUCAUGAAGAACUCCUGGUGAAGGCAGAUAAACAUCUGAUACACAGACUAUGUAACUGGUCCAUGUUACCUACAAAACAUUUCCCUGUUAUAUUUCAUGGAGUGAGAGGAACAGAUCUGAGGGAAGGAAACAGUCCGUCCUGGUUUAAUCCUGUAGAAACUGUACAAGUAAUCAGAUAUCUCCAGGGAAUACUCAAUGAUCCUGAUGUGAAAGUGGAACCAGAAGACAUUGGUAUCAUUACUCCAUAUCGUAAACAGGUAGAGAAGAUUCGACUGUUGAUAGAUAAACUUGGUAUGGCCUCCAUUAAGAUUGGUUCUGUUGAGGAAUUCCAGGGACAAGAAAGACAAGUUAUCAUUAUAUCUACUGUUCGUUCCAGUGAGAAGAUGCUAGGAUUUGACAAGAAACAUACACUGGGUUUCCUAAGUAAUCCUAAGAGAUUUAAUGUGGCCAUCACCAGAGCACAGUCACUACUUAUCAUUAUAGGGAAUCCAUAUGUACUUGUACAGGAUGAGUACUGGCAGUCACUGAUACAGUAUUGUAUAGACCAUGGAGGUUAUACAGGGUGUAGUAUACCUGGAUAUGAGGGAUUGGAGGAGGACCCUAAUGAGGAGGGCACUACAUCCUCAGAUGUAAUUGGUUUGGGUGAACCUGGAUAAUUCUGGAGUGAAUUAGCAGAUGUCCACAUUAUGACUGUGAAAAUGUCCCAAUUCACUGCUUGCUGGUUCAUUGAAGAAGAAGAAAAGAGUUUGCCAUAAAAUAGAUUAAGUAGUGUUAACAGAUCUAAAUGGUAAUUCUGAAAAAGACUGAGAUUGUCUUGUGAUGAUAGAAUUCAGGAGAAUAUUCUUCAAAUAUGUGGUACAUACAAGAGGAGAUCAAACAGACAUCUUAGAAUAUUUUAGAUGGAAUGAUGAGAACUUGGUUAAUUAUGAUAUUUGAUUAUCUUGUUACAUCAUUAGAUAUUAAUAACUAAAUUGAAAAACAUGGAGAAAAAUCAGACGUAUUUUGACUAUUUUAGGAUUAUAUUAUUUACCUUUAUAUAUAGUCAUAUUUUUUUUACUGUAAAUAAUUACUUAGGAUUGUUUAAUUUAAGUAUUAUCAUGUGCCAGUACACUUGUUAUUAGGUGCCAGUAAAAAGAUAUCUAGUCAAAAUUUAUUCAUCUUAUAUAAUGUUUGUUUUUAUUUUAACCUUUAUCAUGUGAUUGAACAUAGCAUCAUCAGAAAAUAUUUUUGAAAACAGAUUUUCAUGUUUCUGAGUUGUAGGGUUUUAUUCAUUAAAAAAGGGGGGACUUUCCAGUUUUUAGACAAUAACUCAAAAAUCCUUUCACCAACUCGCAAGAAAUUGUGGUGAAUUGUUUAUAUCUAUUGACAUGACCUCCCUUUAGAUUUUUUAUAAGUUUUAGAUUUUAUAUUUCAGAGUAAAAGGGUUUUUAUUCAAAAAAGGGGAUUUUCCCGUUAUUGGACAAAAACUCAAAAAUGCUUUCAAAAUUUUUAUGAAACUUUGCUGAAUUGUUUAUUUAUUAUUGAUGUAAGCUCCCUUUAGAAUUUCAUAAAGUUUAUUUUUUACAUUUCUUUUUAUUCUUUCAAAAGGGUGAUUUUCCCGUAUUUGGAUAAAUAAUCAAAAAAUGCUUUCAGCAGUUCUUAUGAAACUUUGCUGAAUUGUUUAUGUCUAUUGAUGUAAGCUCCCUUUUGAUUUCAAUCAUUUCUAAUAUGACAUAGGGAAUUAAUUGAACUUAAUUUGUUUUGCAGUCUGACAACAGAUUUACUAAGUAUUGCGCAACAGCACAGUGUAUUGCAAAACAGCAAGAAAUCUUUAAUUGAAUAUAAAUUCAACUCAUAUAACCAAUUUCAAUUUCUUUAACUUAAUUAUUAAGGCCAGGAUUUUUUAAUUUGUUGGUUUACAGAUCCGCCGACCCGAUUUUGCUGAUUUCCAGAAUAAAAAUAAAAUUAA